AUGGACAACAUCGACGAGGAAUAUGACCGGCUCGUUGAACACCUUCACGACUGUGAGAAGAAGGCUGAGAGUUCUAAAACCACCAAGAGACGUCUGUCUCUUGAAACUCUUGAGCUGACACGCCAGCAUGGAGCAGCACGAGCGGCAGGGAACCAAGAACUCAAGUCCGAGCUCGCAAGGUUUUGCAGCGAGGUGAUAAAGGAAGGCCUUAAAAAGAGAAGAGCAGAAGUGCUGGCAGAAGCUGCAGAGGCGGAGAAAAGCGUCCGCUAUGCCCGUCGAGACUUCGCCAGUCGCAAAACGAGGAUGACUGCUCUCCGGAACCCAACAGGAAUGGCCAUUGCAUCGAGAAGGGGGAUGCAAAAAAUCAUCUACGACUUCUACUCUGAUCUCUUCGACAGCCAUGCCACUUGCCUCCUCACCAUCUGA